AUGGGAAGCCAUUGGGAACCGGAGCUGAAGCGCACAUGGAGCGCGGCGUGCGGCGGAGAUGUGCACGCGAUCCUGCUGUCGCAGCGGGGCAAAGUUGCAGCGGCGACAGCGUCGAGUGUCUUCCUGUUCGACGGCCCGCCAAAGUUUGAGCUGCGCCGUGAGCUGCGGGGCCAGCCCGCGGGCCUCACCGCCGCCGCGUUCAGCUGCAAGGGCACCGAUGUUGUGUCGGGCGGCGCCGACGGCUUUCUGAAGUGGUGGCAGGUCGACAGCGGCGAGGAGCUCUGCUCAACGCAGUUCCCCCGCGGCGACGGGCAGCAGGCCGUUGUCGGCGCCGGCGGCGCGCACGACCUCGGCAUCCCCGAGGUUGCCUGCUCCCGCGGCGGCUUCGUCGCCGCCGUCAGCGGUCGCCUGCUCUGCAUCUUUGGCACCGGCGGCGAGCACCUGCACACGCUAGACGUCUCGGGCGACGCGGCGGCGGGCGCGCUGCAGCACGUGACCUGGCUGGACGAGAACAGCGUGCUGGGCUGCUGCGGCUCUGAGGCCACCAUAUGGCGCGUCGACGAGGACCAGUACGAGGAGGUCGGCACGUUCGCCACCAACCCCGAGGCGCCCAUCACGCAGCUCGCGAUGAGCCCCAACGGCCGCUAUCUCGCGGCGGCAUGCGGCAACGACACGGUCCAAGUGUGGGAUGCGCAGCAGGAGGGCAGCAUGGACCCGCUGCUUGUGAUCUCCGACGGCCUCGGCGGCGCGCCCGUCACGCGGCUCGCGUGGGACGCGUCGAGCGCGCUGCUGGCGGCGGCGGCCGGCGGCCGGGUGCUGGUGUGGGACGUGGCGGGUGCCAAGGAGGGGCGCGCGGGGAGCACCUAUGCGCUCGGCGGGUUUGAGGAGGGCGACGCGGUCACGUGCCUUGCGUUUCAGCCGAACGGCACCCUGCUGGCUGCUGCCAGCGAGGGGGGCCUGUGCCUGGUGUUUGACUCUGAUGCAUUCAGCACCAGCGGGGCCGCACCUGGUGUGGUGGCGCACGUGGCGCGCGGGCGGCUCGGCGGCGCCGGCGGCGCCGGUGGUGCGCCGGCAGCGGCCGGCAAGGAGGCCCCGGCAGACGCUGGCAAGGCGGUCGGCGCUGCAGCGGAGGGCAAGGGCGAGGGGGGCGCGGGCGGCGAGGAGGCUGCGGGGGCAGACAGCGCAGCGAAGGGCGAGGCUGUAGCCGCCCACAAAGGCGAGGUCGCCAACGCCGCGGAGGCGAGCGCGGCCCAGGCGGAAGGCGUAGAGGCAGUGCUCGAGGCUGCGGCGGCAGGCGCCCCCAACGGCGAGGCGGAGGGCGCCAAGGCGGGCGGCGCCGGCGAUGCGGGGGCCACUGGCGAUGCGGGGGCCGGCGCGGGCGCUAUUCGCGCGAUUGCGUGGCACAGCAGCGGCAACCUGGUGGUCGGCACAUCCACAGGCGUCGUCGGCGCACUGCAGCCGCUGCGGGCCGGCAGCGGCAAGGAGGUGCCGCCCGCGGACAUUCAGGUGGACGCGAGCGGCCUGCGGAGGCAGGAGCCGGUACGGCCCGUGCAGCAGGGCCUCCUGCUGCGUUUUGCAGGCAUUCCCGCGGCGUGGCCCCUGCGUCCAAGCGCCGCGGGGUGUCGCAGCCGCCGCCCUUAG